AUGGCACAGAGAGGAGAAAAAGUCGACAAACAUCCAAAUAAAAUCAAUAUAAAUGUUUUGAAAAUACAAAAUUUGAAAAGUCCGAAAGCCGAACCGUUAAAUGUUUUUCUUCGUUUUGAAUAUAAUGAUAAUCAAUUCUCGGAAUCACCAAAAUUUGAUAUUGGUGAUGUUACUCAACGACAAAUUGACUUUGUUGCAAUAUUAGGAUUAAAUGCAACAGACCCGAGUCAAAUUGAUGAUCUUGGUCAAAAACCAGUACUAAUUACAUUAUUGGAAGCAGUACCAAAAGAUAAGAAGCAAAAAGAAGAUAAAUCAACAGCAAUUGGACAAGCCAUAUUGGAUCUUUGGUCACUAUUAAAAGGUAUUACACCAAGUCUUGUCGUAAAUGUAACUGUCGAUCAACCACUUGUACCAUCUAAAGACGAAGCUCAAACAAAUUCAGCAUUAAUCACAAUUGAAGGAUUAUACUCACCGCCAGACGCUUGGGUUGGAACGGGAGCGAAUUUUGUGUACACAGCUACCCUGCCGAUGCCACUUGCAGAUGAAAAAGAAACGAAUGUUGUAUUUACAAAUGGUAAUUUAAAAAAUCCAAAUGAUAUUACUAAUAAGCAAAAAAGAUGGCCAGAUGCACGCGGUAUUGCUACGGCAAAUGGUAUCUACAUACCGGGGAGAACAGUUGGAGAAGAGCAGAUUGAAGAUGAACAAGGCGAGUUGAGAAGUAAAGAUGAUAAAGAAUUUCGAACAAAUGCCGAAAAAAUGAAACCACAAGUCGUAUGGAAUAUGGAAAGACGAUGUUUCUUUCUGCCAAAUGGUAGUCAAGUGCUACGUGAUCGAAUAACGAAAUUUCCAUAUUUACCGAUCGAAGUUGCGCGAACAACGGCACCAACAGCGGGUAAAGGAAAAAAGGAUGAAGAAGCGGGAAUGUCUUAUCAUGGAGUAGCAUAUGUUGAAACUGUUCCAUUACUCUAUCCUGGAACUACUAGAUUACGUGGUGCGUUUAAAAUUGUUCCUUAUAAUGAAAGUGAAUAUAAAGCAAAAGUAAGAAAGUUAACAGCUAAUGCCAUGUACGCGAUAACUAAACGCUCAAAUAAUUUGAUUGAUGAUGCCAUGCGCAUUGCUGGCUCUUUAUAUGAUCGUGCAUGGGCUCAAACACCGAAAAAAGAUGCAAAAAUCAGUGAUAAACCAUCUAUGACUGCCGUAAAAAAGAAACCCGAAGCGGGUGACGAAAACGUAGCAACAACUGAAGCACAACAAUAUGUUGAACAUAAUUCGUAUAUCAUAGUGGAAAUUGCAUUUGAAAAGCCAAUUAUUGAAAAGCGUAAAUUAUAUGAACUUACUCGAAAAAUCGCUGAAUUAAUUCCUCCACGACCGAAUUAUCCGGUCAAAGUCAAUAGUGCACAGAAAGCAGUUGAAGAUUAUCAUUCACAAAUUAAAAAUGUCGCUGGUCUUGUUCUAGAAGAAUAUAGGAAACUAUGUGGAGAAGAUUCAACGUCUGAUGUUAUGCCAAACGAUCAAAAACGUCGAAAACUUUUAUAUGAACUAAAUUCUACUGGUAAAUACUUUGCAUUCAAAGAACAAUUGAAGCAUAGUGUUGUUAAAAUCGUGCGUGAAAAAUUUUUGAAAACAAGUAAAUUUGACAAUCAGGAUGAAUUACAGGUUUGCAUGCAAAAUCAAUUAUAUGUAUUUUUAUUGGAUGAAAUGCAUAAUUCAUUAAACUCCACAUUGAAUAUAGAAGAAUCAGAACCAAUACCAACUUUAAAACAUGAUGAUGCUCAAUUGCGUAUAUUUGCUCUUGAAGCCGAAAGCAAUGGGGAUUUUCUUUCUGCUGCACAAUACUAUCAAGAACGUAUUGCCCAAGAUCGUGCUAAUUUAAAUGCUUGGCUCGAUUAUGCAGCGUUUCAUCUACUUGUUAACGAUAUCACAAAAGCUGAAGAAUGUUUGAAAGAGUGUAUUGCAAUUGAUCAAACAAAUAGUACAGCGACAAUAUUGUAUGCUGUUUUAAAUGCGAUAUUAGAACGUAAUGAUAUUGCUGAACUCUUUUUUGAAACAGCAAUAAGCGAAGAUAGUGAAAAUGUUGUAGCAUGCGCGCUAUAUGGAAUAUUUCAAAAACAUAUUGGAAAUGAAACAAAUUCCCAAAUAACACUUAGUAAAGCGGAAAAAACACAUCGUCUAUCACAAAUGGCAGAAGAUCAUGCAAAUCAGCAGGCGACACCGACCGAUGAGAAAAAGGAGGAAGAGGAAAAAGAGGACAAAGAAGAGAGUUUGAAGAGCUCAGAGUCUCAACUGAAUGUUGCUUCAAAAAGUCGAUUGAGUCGAAAAAAAGUAAAAUCAGCUACGAAUGAACAAGUGCCGACAAGAAAAUCACAAGAUACAACAGACGUUGAAAAAACGACAAAAAAAAGUAUUUUUAUCAAAGCAGCAGAAUUUCUGUUAAAAUACAACAUGGCAACGUGGGCCGAGAAAUCAUUAGCAUAUGAAAUCGUAACAAACGGUGGAAAAGAUCAACAAGUCGAAAUAGCAUUAACUAGAUCAAAAAUCUUGCAACAAGAUCUCACUGCCGCUGAAACACAUAUAACACAAGCGUUGUCACUUGAUUAUGAAAAUUCAGAAGCUUGGAAUUUGUGGGGUCAUAUUAAAUACUUACAGUUAGAUUUUCCUGGAGCAAAAGGACGUUAUCAACGAACAUUGGCAUUCAGUGAAAAACCGUCAGAUAUUCAUAUACUUUAUGUUCGAUUAGGUUCAAUUCUACUUGCAGAGGAGAGCUAUGCAGAGGCUAAAGAUAUAUUUCUUCGGGCUUGUAGACAUCAGCCAACUUGUACAACGUGGCUAGGAGUCGGAGUAGCAUGUUACAGGAUGAAUCAAUACGAUGAUGCUGAAGAAGCAUUGACUGAAGCCAACUUUUUAAAUAAUCGAAAUGCAGAGGUAUGGGCAUAUCUAACGUUGAUAUGUCUCCAAACAAAACGAACAAUCGAAGCCGAAAAUGCUUUUAAAUAUGCAAUUAAACUCGAUUUGCCACCAGGACCAUUAAUGGAUGAAAUCACGGCAGUACAAAGAGAAAUGGGAUUUGGUAAUCCAAGUUUUUAA